UAAUUUUCCUCAGCUUGUGUGAAGCCGAAAUUCGUAGCUCAGCAGAUAUAUUGAUCAUUUGGAACUUGGAAUAUCAAAAUAAAGAAAAUCAUAACAGAUCGAUUCAUUCUGCAAUCAGCUGAUCAUUCUAGCAGAAGAGAGUGUGGCGCCAGUGUGGCGCGCUUCAAACAAACACGACGCGGCACUCGUCGAGGCGCGCCGCUCGUUGUUGUCAGUUUGCGCUGAACUGUGAGGUCGUGUGGGUGUUUGGUAAAAGCUGUUGGGGGAGCUAAGUGUUGGUUUUGUAUUUGGUGUCUGCACUCUCAUUAGUUCAGGUCACCAUGUCGGCCGACAGCGAGCUGAGUGCCGUCCUGAACCGCCGCUGCCAGAUCAACGAUGAUUUGGACGCCGGCAAGCAAGUGAAAAAAGUUCUGAAAGUCUUCAACCCGUACACCGAGUUCCCAGAGUUCUCCAGGAAAGAGAUCAAAGAAUACGAACGGAUCUUCAAAAAGUAUGAUGUCGGCAAUGACGGCUACCUGGACCUGGAGGAGCUGAAGAAGAUGAUGGAGAAGCUGGGGGCGCCGCAGACUCACAUCGGCCUGAAGCAGAUGAUUAGGGAGGCGACGGAUGACGAGGCCGUCCACAUGAUCAGCUUCAGAGCGUUUCUGACCGUGUUCCGGAAGGCGGCCGCCGGAGAGCUGCAGGCCGACUCUGGUCUCAGUCAGCUGGCCAAACUCACAGAGAUCAGUGUCGAGGAGGUAGGCGUGGCCGGCGCCAAACAGUUCUUCCAGGCCAAGAUCUCCGAGCUGGAGCGUGACAAGAAUUUCCUGGCCGAGAUCCGCCGUGAGGAGGAGGAGCGUCAGCGCCUGGAGCAGGAGCGUCGCGAGCGCAAGGCCGAAUUCAAACAGCGCGCCGCACUCUUCAACCACGCCUAGUAAAGGUGGCGCCACCAGCGCGAUCAAACUGGGUAAAGGCGGCGCCACUGUCGACGAAAGUCAGUGGGUGAGACGGACUGCUGAAAGGAUGCAUAUCUGCCAUAUGUGAGGAGAUGUUGACUGCCAGGAAGGUCGAGUGCAGUGUUGCCAGUGAGGGAGAUCGUUUAUUGUGUUCGGAAUGGUUCAGUGUAUAAUAGCUGGCCUUGCUGCGAUCUUAGCGUGCCGUUGAUGAGAUUUUAAACACGUUUUAAGCCUCUUCCUUUCUCUGUCCAUUUCCAUUUGCUGUGUUCUUUGGUGUUCAGCUGAGAUUUUAAUAAAAGUAUUUCUGUAUAUUUUUGUGUCGGUAGCCUAGACUAAGUCGUCGUCACUGCGUGAGUGGAACAAGUACGUGUACGCGUGUGAGUGAACGCCGUGUGUGUACGCUAGGGCUGGUUAGGCUGUUCGUUAGUGAGCCUGGGUCGAGUCGGCCUAAAAGUAAUGUUUAGCUAGGCUGAUCACAGAGCUCCAUCACUUAGAGGCCAGCUUCCAGGUCCUGUGGUCUCGGGGACCGAGUAGGGACCAGGAUCAGCCGAGCCCGUGGCUUUGGAGGUUUUCGGCGAGCUGAUGUAGCCGUGAGCCACACGUAUUUCUGGACAUAUCGUUCAUAUUCGCCGCUCAUACCGAUCCAUGGCCCGGCUGUAGCAUACUAGCGUGUCUGUAGAGCACUGUGUGAGAGCGCUGAGCUGUUGGAGAUGUGACAUAUGUUAGCUACGUUCAUGUGAUAUCCGUUGCUGCGCUAGUGUUCAGAGCCUUGAACCUUCCAGCGUGUCGAUCAAAUACAAACAUGUGUACCGUU